CCUCUGCUCGAUUACAAGCACCUUACCCAUUUUUAUGUCUUUCCUGCACCUCGCGUAAAAGGUAAAGAACAAAGGGGUUGUUGCAGCCAUGGCCCACAGCUGCCCGAGGCGUGGCAGCCCGCGGCGACCCGAGGGCACGUUGCGAGAGAUCCAGGUCAACUUGCUGGAGUGUAAAGUCUGCUUCGAGAAGUUCAACCCUCAGCGGGCCGAUCGCAGGCCGCAGAACCUGUCGUGCGGUCACGUCCUGUGCGUGGAAUGCAUCGGGGCCCUGUCCCACCCUCUCCUGAGGAAGCUGGAGUGCCCCUUCUGUCGACAGCUGUGCCCCGUUGACGCCACCUCUCACUGCCAGGCUCUUUGUGACCUGCAGGAGCUGCUCUUGUUCAGUCACGUGGAGAAACAGGACGUUGGAGAAGAGGCCUCAGGUGUGAGUGGCAAAGCCUUACGCCUCUGUUUGACUUUUGGUGGCUGGGGGACGCUUAUCAACCCGACUGGGUUGGCGGUGAUGCGAUCCUCGGGGACUGUAUUUGUGGUGCAUGAUGGCGAGAAGAGGGUGGUGGUAUUCACUCCUCAGGGGAAGAAGCGGCACGCUUUCGGGCAAAGAGGAAAAGCCAGCGAGGAGCUUUGUCACCCAGUGGAUGUGGCGGUGACCCCCUGCGGGCACGUGGUGGUGACCGACGCGGGAGAUAAAGGCGUCAAGGUGUUCACGUCCAGGGGAAACCACGUCAUCACGGUCAAGGCCGGCUUCUCCCUGCCGUGGGGGGUGGACACGGACAGCGGCGGGAACAUCCUGGUGUCGGACGUCCAGGCGGGAACGCUGUCCCGCAUUAGAGUGGACUACAAACUUGGCGUCACGCUGGAGGAGGGGGCGGUGGCUUCACACCUGGAGCGUCCGAAAGCGGUGGCGUGCUGCGGGGCGAACGGUCACACGGCCGUGAUGGAGCACGUGAGCGAGGACGUGCUACACCCGGCGAGGAAGCAAAGUUACUCCAGAUUGACGGUGUUCACUCCGGACUUCCACGUCCUCUAUCAGACGGACACGUUAAGUCUGAGCCUGAAGGCCUCGGUCAAGAUGAACAUGUCCGCUGUGACAUUUGACACAAACGGACACUUGCUUGUGGUUGACUCCCUUCAGGGGAUGAUUUGGACUUUUGGGAAUGUACAAAGCGUUCCCGUCCUCACUCCUCUUGUGGCGGAGCACCUUAAUCGACCUGUUGGACUGGUGCCACUUAACAACACUCUCAUCGUUGUGGACGGUGGAGACCACACAGUCAAGAUGUACUCUUGA